AUGACGGUCAACCAAGCUACCUGGAUCACGGCGUCGAAAUCUUACCCCUUUGUAUUGGGCCCAGCCCCCUAUUCCGAGCCAGGACCCGGAGAAGUCGUCAUCAAAACGCAGGCCAGUGCACUGAAUCCUGUCGAGUGGCGUGUUCAAACGCGAGACAUGUUCAAGAACAGUUACCCAUUUAUUUUAGGAGCCGAUGCUGCUGGCUGUGUUGAUCAAGUCGGUGAAAAUGUGACGCAUGUCCAGGUGGGCCAGCGUGUCAUGGGAUAUUGCAUGGGCCUAGGCAUCGACAAACCAGCUUUCGGUGCCUAUCAGAAACUCCCCACUGUCUUCGCCUCCCUCGUCGCACCUAUCCCGGACGACGUGAGCUUUGAGCAGGCCGUCCCAGUAUCUGUAAACAAGAGCAUUCCCAUCUGGGGUGGUUCAUCUUCGGUCGGAGCCAUAGCCAUCCAGCUGGCAGUAGCCUCCGGACUCGACGUUGUGAGCACUGCCUCUGCCCACAGUCACGACCUCGUCAAGUCUCUUGGCGCUCAUCUGGUUUUCGACCACAAAUCUCCUUCCAUUGUGGAGGACUUGGUUGCCGAAUUUUCUCGGCGCGAAAUUGCUGCUGUAUUUGACUCCAUCUCGGAGCCUGAGACCAUGGGACCCAUCAGCGCCGUGGUGGAGAGAACUGGCCCCCUUAAAGUUGGCGUGGUUGCACCGCCUACCAUUCCUUUAUCGAAGAACUUCUUGGUCAGCAUGUCUCUUGCAUUCGAGCUCUUCAACGGGAGAGGAAAGGGUGUGCUGGAUGCUGUCUGGGGAACAUGGGUCCCCGAAGCGAUGGAUUCAGACUACUUACAAUUCAGACCAGAGCCCGUCGUUGUCGGCCAGGGGCUGGGAAGCAUUCAGGAUGGCUCGGACCGUCUCAAGCGCGGCGUUUCAGCCCAGAAGCUGAUCGUCAGGGUCUAA